AUGGCGCCGGAAUCCGGUCGCUUUGGAACUGGAAUCCGGUCGCUAUGGCACCGGAAUCCAGUCGCUAAGGUGCCGGAAUCCGGUCGCUUGCCCAACACGGCCGCGAUAGCGCUGGAUCUAUGUCGCGAUCCCCGACGGGUUCACCCCAUGGCCUAUAGUGUGGGUGGGUCCAGGCGGCCGGAGGCCGUCGACAGUGGGCAGAUGGCCGGCGGUCGGGCAAGGACGGUGGAUCGCUCGACCGAUCCAAUCAACAUUAAAGGCAAAAGGGCAUUUAUUGCUGGAGUUGUUGAUGAUAAUGGUUAUGGCUGGGCAAUCACAAAGGCUCUUGCCGCUGCUGGGGUAGAAAUACUUGUUGGUACAUGGGUGCUUGCACUGAACAUAUUUGAGACAAGCUUAAGGUGUGACAAAUUUGAUAAUUGUAUUUACAUAUUGCCAAAUGGCUCACUGAUGGAUAUUGUCAAAGUAUAUCCUCUUGAUGACGUUUGCGAUACACCUGAUGAUGUUCCUGAAGAUGUCAAGACAAACAAACGCUAUGCUGGAUCCUCAAAUUGGACUGUUAAGGAAAUGGCAGAGGCUGUGACGAAAGAUUUUGGAAGGAUUGACAUCCUCGUGCAUUCUCUUGCCAAUGGACCAAAGGUAACGAAGCCACUCUUGGAGACAUCUAGAAGAGGGUAUCUUGCUACAAUUUCAGCUUCGAGUUACUCUUUUGUCUCCCUGCUUCGGCACUUUCUUCCAAUAAUGAAUCCAGGCGGUGCUUUAAUAUCUUUGACAUACAUAGCUUCCGAAAGGGCAAUCCCAGGAUACGGAGGUGGAAUGAGCUCAGCAAAAGCUGCAUUGGAGAGCGAUACAAAAGUGUUGGCUUUUGAACUACACUUGCUUGCCACAAAGCAUCAGGUGCCCUCAAGAGUACUGGGAAGAAUGCCGACAAACUAAAAAAAUGGAGAGACUUUAACAAAUUAAGGAGCACUAGGAGCUGCAGUCCCUCCUCUUCACUGACAUCUAAGUAGAAAAUCUCGUGUUAUAUUGUUCU